CUGGGAUGUUCCCCAAUGGCACCGCCUCCUCCCCCUCCUCUUCUCCUAGCCCCAGCGCAGGCAGCUGCGGGGAAGGUGCCUGCAGCAGGGGUCCGGGGGCUGGAGCUACGGACGGCAUGGAGGAGCCCGGACGAAACGCUUCCCAGAACGGGACCCUAAGCGAGGGCCAGGGUAGCGCCAUUCUCAUCUCUUUCAUCUACUCUGUGGUAUGCUUGGUGGGACUGUGUGGGAACUCCAUGGUCAUCUAUGUGAUCCUGCGCUACGCUAAGAUGAAGACCGCAACUAACAUCUACAUUCUAAAUCUGGCCAUUGCUGACGAGCUGCUCAUGCUCAGCGUGCCCUUUCUGGUCACUUCCACGUUGUUGCGCCACUGGCCCUUCGGUGCGCUACUUUGCCGCCUGGUACUCAGCGUGGACGCGGUCAACAUGUUCACUAGCAUCUACUGUCUGACUGUGCUUAGUGUGGACCGUUAUGUGGCUGUGGUGCACCCGAUCAAGGCAGCGCGCUACCGUCGGCCCACUGUGGCCAAGGUAGUGAACCUGGGCGUGUGGGUGCUGUCGCUACUGGUUAUCUUGCCCAUAGUGGUCUUUUCACGCACUGCAGCCAACAGCGACGGCACAGUGGCCUGCAACAUGCUCAUGCCUGAGCCCGCCCAGCGCUGGCUGGUGGGCUUCGUCUUAUAUACAUUUCUCAUGGGCUUCCUGCUGCCUGUUGGGGCCAUCUGCCUGUGUUACGUGCUCAUCAUUGCCAAGAUGCGCAUGGUGGCCCUCAAGGCCGGCUGGCAGCAGCGCAAGCGCUCAGAGCGCAAGAUUACUCUAAUGGUGAUGAUGGUGGUGAUGGUGUUUGUCAUCUGCUGGAUGCCUUUCUAUGUCGUACAGCUAGUCAACGUGUUCGCUGAGCAAGACGACGCCACCGUGAGCCAGUUGUCUGUCAUCCUCGGCUAUGCCAACAGCUGUGCCAACCCCAUCCUCUACGGCUUCCUAUCAGACAACUUCAAGCGCUCUUUCCAGCGCAUCCUGUGCCUCAGCUGGAUGGACAACGCUGCGGAGGAGCCAGUCGACUACUAUGCCACUGCCCUGAAGAGUCGAGCCUACAGCGUGGAGGACUUACAGCCCGAGAAUCUGGAGUCUGGAGGCGUUUUCCGUAAUGGCACCUGCGCUUCCAGGAUCAGCACGCUCUGAGGCCCGGCAUUGCCCGGAGAGAAAAGGAGUGGUCAGAAACCGGGAGGGAGAAAGCGGGUGUGAGCGAAUGGUAGUGGGGCACCAGGUGCGCUGGUAGUAGUUCGUGGCAGCGAUGCAGCGCGCCUGGUUGGCUGGACCCAGGAACGCUCUGUGAUUAAGGUAAAAGGGAGAGAUUUGCGGGUCAACUGAGGAGGCUUUGGGGCCAUCUCCUCAGCCUUUCCCUUUUCCCCACACAAAGCUUGCUACUCUGAACAACUCUGCUCUCUUAAUCCCGCAACUUCGAUCUCCCUCCCAGCUCUGCUAGUACAAACUACAACUUAAACGUCGCCAACUCGGUCUGAUCCUUGCCUUCUCAAGCCGGUAUUUCUGUUUCUUUAAGCUGAGCCACGGUUACCGCCACGUGUUUCAUUGGGCUGAGUCCCCACCUUGUGCUCAACCCUGGCCAGACCCUUCUCAAGAGUGGCUGUCAGAUUGUCCCCAAUCACCGCUCUCCUUUUACACAGCCUUACUUUCAAGAAAGCCUAGAGUGAGGAGGACCAGGCAACUGGUCUUUUCUACUCUCAAGGAAGGCACAUCUUUCCCUGGGGCCUUCCUCCGCUCCACCCCAUCUAGAGCAGAGCUAGGUGCUUAAGAAAAGGUCCUGCGCCCACUCACCCCCACCCCUCGCACCCUCGACUUGGUAUAGACCCGCCUACAUCCUCCU